AUGCAUAACAUAAAAAUUCGUGAUAUUGAUAUUUUUUUUGAUGAUGAUGAUAUUAUUGGUGAUGGUUAUUAUCGUUUUUUUGAUGAUCGUGGUGAUGGUUAUUAUCGUGGUCGUAUUGGUGGUGAUGGUUAUCGUGGUGGUGGUCGUAUUGGUGGUGAUGGUUAUCGUGGUGGUGGUUUUCGUCGUGGUGGUGGUCUUGAUCGUAUUGGUGGUGAUGGUUAUCGUGGUCGUAUU